AGGUGGGAUCCACCUUUUAAUCAAACUUGAUACUCUCCCCAAAGCAAUAUUUUACCUAUAAAAAGAUGAAGGCUGACGGUAACCUCACAUUAUCCCCGGAGGAUGGACAUGGUCUUCAUUGUCAGGAUGUCCCAGAUGUGGAUGGUGAGAUGGGUCGUACUGCUGGUGGGACUGCAGUCAGUACAAGCAGAUUUUAUGUCUGAUUAUGGGGAUGAGGUUAACCUUCGAGUGACGGACCAGAUGACUGUGUUCCCAGGCAUGGCAAAUGUGAUUGUAACUGAAGCCGUACCGAAUCCAGAUCAUCAGUCCACGAUCUGCAGCACAUGGGGCAAUUUCCACUUCAAGACAUUCGACGGUCAUUUCUUUCAACUGCCAGACACGUGCAGCUACGUUCUGGUAAAGAUGUGCAACAGUCCCGUGUCUGAUUUCAACAUUGAAAUCCAAAGACAGAUUGUAAAUAACUCAAUCACGUUUGGCAAAAUCACGAUAAAUCUGGAAGGGACAGUCAUUGUACUCACCAACAACGACAUCAUCAUGGGAGACCAAGUGGUGUACGAUUCAACCUAUAAGGAUGGAAUUACCAUUGAGCUGAGCCCAAAUGUUAAGAUUUCCAACAAACAUGGAGUGUCUGUCUUUUGGGAGAAGGACAGAUCGUUUUUGAUUGAGCUUUCAGAAAAGUACAAAGAAAAGACCUGUGGACUAUGUGGAAACUUCAAUGGUGACAAGUCUGAUGAUGCCUUUAAAAAUGAAUAUGACUUGGCUACAUGGAAAGAGUCUUCAUCUGAAUCCUGUGGGCACAUCGAAAUGCAACUUAAUGGUCAAUGUGAAAACCAGACAAGCCUUUGCCAGCAGUACCUCAGCAGUCCAGGGUUUAGUGGCUGUUAUGAUGUGAUGGACAUGAGUUCAUUUGAAAAAGCCUGUGAGAGCGACCUGUGUCAAUGUUACGGCAACCACGACUGUCUGUGCAACACCCUAACAGAGAUUUCACAGCAAUGCACACAUGCUGGAGGACAACCAGGAACAUGGAGGACAAAACAGCUCUGCCCAAAGACGUGUCCUCUAAACCUGCUGUACCUGGAGUGUGGUGGUCCAUGCAAGAGCACCUGCUCAGCCCCAACUGCAGAUCUGAUGUGUACCGAUCACUGUGUGGACGGCUGCUUCUGCCCUGAAGGUAUGGUCGAGGAUGACAUCGGUCAGAGUGGAUGUGUUCCAGUGAACAAAUGCCCAUGUGUACACAAUAACAAAACCUACUUCUCAGGAGACUCGUACACACAGGCUUGUAAAACAUGUACAUGUGAUGCUGGACACUGGACCUGCUCAUACCUGGACUGUCCUGGAAUCUGCUCUGUUGUUGGAGGGUCUCACGUCACCACUUAUGAUGGAAAAACCUUCACCUUCAGUGGGAACUGCGACUACAUCCUCACUAAGGUCACUAAUA